AUGCCCGCCGAUUCCAUCUUUCCGGACUUUGUUCUCGGCCACCCCAGGCAUCACAAGACGAGGCCUCAGGGGGUGCCGCACCAAGAACAGCGCAAGGCUAGACCGCCGAAGGGCGUGAGGGAUAAGGUUCCCUUCUACGGCAAGUUACCGCAUUAUGCUGGCCCUUACGAGGUUGGGAUAAUCGACAUCGAAGUGCCGGCCAAGAACCCUCGGUCCUUCUCAGACAUCAAGAGGCAUGGCGUUCGGGCCCUUGCACUCGAGACGGUGUUGAUGACAAUCUACUAUCCCGCCCAUCUGCAUGUCAAAUACAACCCCGGCGCUCCGACCAAAAUGCAAAGGUUCCGCCCAACAUGGCUGACACGGCCGAGAGAUCAGACGAGCCGGGGUUAUGGGAAAUUCGCCGAUCUCCCGGAACACUUGGUCAUGGCCUUCUUCUUCUGCACAACCUGGUACACGAAAAUCCCCGCGUACAAAAAUGCAAGACUGGCAGAACACUGGCCCCCUUAUGGAGAAGCUUCCCCGGGCAGUCGGAAGGCUGUGGAAAUAGAAGGGAAGCCCCCCGCCCGGGGCCCGCGGAUGCCCAAAUUCCCUCUCAUCAUCUUCAGUCACGGAUUGGGAGGCACCAGGACGUGCUACUCAUCCGUCUGUGGAGAGUUUGCCAGCCAUGGCUUUGUGGUGGUGGCGCUCGAACAUCGCGACGGAAGCGGCCCGAGAACUCACGUCAAUCACUCCGACACUGGACCGGGAAGCAGGCACUGUACCGAGGUCAACGGUAACGUAGAGCACAAAAAAAAAGAUGCGAAGAGGCCCUACGAUACGGUAGACUUUAUUUUCGCCCAAAGCGACAAGCACGACACAACGCCCGGCCACAAAGUGGACCAUAAACUCCGCAAUGCCCAAACUGAUCUGCGGUUGGCUGAGAUCGACGAAGCCUACCAGAUCAUGCAGGAGAUAUGUGAAGGGAAUGGCGAAAAGGUCGCGGCGAGAAACCUGCGGGUCAAGCCUGCAAUUGGGGCUUCCAAGAUCGGUCUGGAUGGCAUUGACUGGUCGUCGUGGAAGGAUCGAUUCUUCACCGAAGGGGUCACCAUGGUUGGACACUCGUUCGGAGCAGCGACGACCAUUGAGGUCCUUCGGCAGAAACAUCGGUACAAAUACAUCACGCAGGGCAUCAUCUACGACAUCUGGGGACAGCCGGUGCGGCCGACUUCGCAAGAGCGGGAGAGCCGCAUUCGAGUCCCGCUCCUGGGGAUCAACUCGGAGGCCUUCAUGUACUGGCCCGACAAUUUCGAAGUGGCAAAGGCCGUGACGAUGGAGGCCCUGGAGACGGGACAUCCGGCCUGGCUGCUGACCGUGCGCGGCACAGUCCACAUCUCCCAGUCGGACUUCUGCAUCCUGUACCCCCAGCUGGCCAGCUACCUGAUGAAGACCACCAUCGACCCCGUGCGCGCCAUCGACAUCAACAUCGACGCGUCUCUGGAGUUCCUGGCCCGCGUCAUGCCCCGUGAAGUGCACUACGAGCAGCCCUUCCUCAGGAGGAUGAGCAGCAAGAAGAUGCUGGAUGUGCCCCCACUGGAUGACCUGCCGACGGAGCAUCGACCGAACAAGAAAUGGACGGCCGUGCGGUUGAAGGUCGAGCACGAGGCGCGGAAACGGCUCACCCCUGGCGCGAGGAAGCGGUACUGGGAGAAAUUGCGGCGUGAGGGCAUCGGGGAAAUUUGGCUGCACAUCAACCCUGACAGUACGCCUGAGCUGGAAAAAUGCGAGACCUGCCGCAUUCCCAGGUGGACAGAGAUUGACAGGCCGAGUUCGAGGGAGUGA